UUGUUAUUGGUUUGAGCAGUUCGGCUAUGUUGUUGCUGUGAGGAGGUGAAAUUUGACAUGUACAGGAAUAAGGGGCCACCAGCACGGCGAAAUUGGAUCAAGAUUGGCAUUCUCGGUGUGUCGACUGGCUGCUAAAACAGCAGCUGCCUGCAGAUUUGACUUCUUUCAGGUUUUGCCAUGAUACGAAGGGCUGUUGGAAAGACUUUGGGCUUCGUUGGAUAUACUAUUCAAUAUGGUUGCAUCGCCCACUGUGCUUUUGAAUACAUUGGUGAACUUGUAACGUGUUCUGGACCUUCCAUGCAGCCCACAAUCACAAACUAUGAUGUCGUUUUUUCAGAAAGGUUAAGUCGUCAUUUUUAUCGAAUUGAAAAGGGAGACAUUGUAAUUGCAAAAAGUCCAAGUGAUCCAAAGAUGAAUAUCUGUAAAAGAGUAAUUGGAUUAGAAGGAGACAAAGUCUGCACAAGCAGUCCAUCUGAUAUUUUUAAGACACACACCUACGUUCCAAAAGGACAUGUAUGGUUAGAGGGUGAUAACCUCAAGAACUCUACAGAUUCAAGAAGUUAUGGUCCAGUUCCCUACGCCCUCAUAAGGGGUCGAGUUUGCUUUAAGUUAUGGCCUCUGGAAAAAUGUGGUAGUCUACAAGAGAGUCCAAAUGGGCGCAUUCUUCGAGACGACUAACAGAUUUUCCAUUACGUAUCAGCAUGCUAAGUUUAGGAUUUUAUAAAAUUAUGUUUUAACUGUGUUGCUUUUUAACAAAUAAAACUAUAUAUAUAUAUAUAUAUAUAUAUAUAUAUAUAUAUAUAUAUAUAUAUAUAUAUAUAAUUGUCAAUGUUUUAUACCAGUAUGUAUUACAAACAGUACAUUCUAAAAAUGUUUUUUUUAUUUUUUAUUUUUUUUUAUCUGGAGGCAGAACUAAAAUGAUUAAAACUGAACAAAUACAUAUUAAUAGAAAUCCUGGAAUGUACUGUUUUUGCCAGAUCCCAAUUUAAAUGUCUGUUUUAAUUCUGGUGUACACCCAUAAGAUAUAGACAUCCUGGAUAGAAAUGGUGCACAUAAAAUAUUAAACGAUUAUGUGUUAAA